AUGCUCAACGUUUCUGGUAUCUCUACGUCCUUGGAUUUAGUGAUACACUAUAUAGAAACACAUCACAUCGACAUUUUACGACUCACGGAAACCUUCUUGCUCAAAGGUGAUCUAUUCACUCAAUGGGCUCAACAUCAUCAAUAUGCUACCAUCUCAGGUGAUGCGUCCAAAGGCAAUGGUGGUUUGACAUUUCUAAUUCGACCUCAUUUUCCUCACUACGUUCACCGUAGCACUGAUCCAACAACCACACAACACAACAAGCUCAGUAUCGUGAUUGGUAACUCGCUUACUGUCCAUGGCUUCUAUUUACCACCAGCGCUAUCUUUUGCAGACUAUCAAAAUGUAUUAAGUAGUGUUGACUUCAACUCUUCAUCGUCAGUUAUUUGUCUUGGUGAUUUCAACACUCGUCUUGGCUCAUUCACUGGUGAUACUCGUAGUACGAAUCCUCGUAGCAACUACCUCCUCAAUUGGCUUACAGUCCAUCAGGCUAAUCUCUGGAAUCGUAUUUCUACAUUUGGACAACCUACAUUUGAGUCUAAUCGAGGCACAAGCAUCAUUGAUUUCGUGAUUUCACGCCCCAAUAUAUUCUCGGCUAAUCCCUUGUUAUCUAUUGAAAGUGAUAUCAAUCUCAACUCGGAUCAUCACCUUGUGCAAUUCUCGUUUAAGCUACACCAACAACCUCAACUCCUCCCAACGUCGACUUUGGCUGGCAACCGUCGUCUUUGGAACUUGCAACGUUUGGAAGAAAAAGACGUAUUUGAAUUAUAUCGCAAAAAUUUCUUUUCCAACAUUUUCAAACUGCAACAAGAGGUCAAGCACUUUAUGGCUUUUCAACAACAGCAACACCCCAAUUUGUUUGUGCUCUCUGGUGACACAGCAGCUAAGCAUCGGAAGGAGGCUACUAUCAAUCAACGGAUCAAUGCUACUAAUGGUUACUAUUUCGAGGUUCUGGAAUCUCCCAAAAAUUUCAUUAACCGUGCUGGCAUCGAAAUGAUCCAGGCGAUCCACUCAGCACUUGACAAUUCAGUAACACCAAGAACACCUACCGUGACCCACAAAACUGUCCCAAUGUUUAGCGAUUUUAACUUUCAGACCUUACCGCCGGACAAGAAGUUAUCCAAUAAUAAUAAAUAUAUUACUUUCUGA